AUUUUAACUGAAAAUCUAUUUGCUAAUGCAAACAAUGUCAUGGGAAACCAUUGGAUCUUUCAACAAGAUAGCGACCCUAGGCAUACAGCUGGACUUCUUGCACAACACUGUCCAAAAAUGUUGGAUUGCCAUCAAAUUGCCCAGCCAAUUGAGAAUUUGUGGCAAAUUUUAAAGAGACGUGUUGAAAAGCAAGCCAAUAAAGUUACGCCGUCAAGGUUAAAUGAAGUUAUUGAGAAAAAUGGCAAUAAGAUAAGCUACUAA